AUUGACAAGACCGACAUCUGAUGAGUCGUUAGGGACUGCGGCGCCCUCUUCUCCCUCCAUUGUAGCCCGUCGCCGCCAUAAUGUUUGACCAUGAAGUCACAGACAGUACAGACUGGCUGCUUACACCUCUCGCCGCUCUUGCGCCACUUGACUCUUCGCUACGAUGUCAAGUCUGCAAGGACUUCUUCACCACUCCAAUGAUGACCAGCUGCUCCCACACGUUCUGCAGUCUGUGUAUACGAAGAUACCUCUCUCAGGAAGGCAGAUGUCCGGCAUGUCGAGAGACCGACCAGGAAAUCAAGCUGCGCCGGAAUUGGGUGGUGGAAGAAUUGGUUGCCAACUUUACUGCCUCUCGGAAAGACCUCUUCACAUUUGCAACGACCGCCGCUGCGAAACCAGAAGAAGCUGUUGAGCCAGGGCGCCCGAAGAAGAGGAGGAAAGUUGCUGCAGAGCCUACACCCAAUGGAGUCGAGAGACGGAGUACCCGAAGUCAAAGCAGGAAGAAUGCGGAAGACACGGGUCAACAGAGCGCGCCAUCUACGCAGGUCACGAUCGAGGAUAGCGAGGAAGGGAGUGUCUACGAAGACGAUGACAACGAGAGUCCACAUUUUACGAAUGGUACCUUGGAACCGAAUGAUGGCCUGGUCGCGUGCCCAUGCUGCCACCGAAGAAUGAAAGAAGCAUUAAUAAACUCACACCUGGAUAAAUGCAUAGCUGGAGAGAGCACUACACCUGUUGAUGGCAAAUCAUCACCAUCUCCGUCCAGGCCGCAAAUCGCCGCACCAGGAACAAUCGCAUACGCGCAGCGCAGACCCACGAAACAGAGCGAACGCCUACCCUUCAUCAAUUACAACUUGUUGAAUGAAAAUGCCUUACGAAAGAAGCUGCGAGAUCUGGGAAUACCGAGCCAUGGGGCAAAAGAGCUUAUGCGUCGACGGCAUACGGAGUGGGUAAAUCUAUGGAACGCCAAUUGUGAUGCAAUCAACCCUGUCACAAAAAGGCAACUGCUGCAAGAUUUGAGAGUAUGGGAAGAUACGCUUGGGCGACAGAUGGAGAAGCCACCGAAUAUAGGAUUCAUGGCGAAAGACUUUGAUGGAGAUCUCCAUGUGAAGAACCAGAAGAACAAUUUCGACGAGCUGAUCAAGCAAGCCAGACAGAGAAAGGCCGCCGUAGCACAGAAGGAACCUGAAGCAGAUGGAGAUGGAACAGCGACCUUGAGCGCAGAUGGCGCCGUGACUUCUGCAAAGGCAUCUACAGCAGAUGCGCCCCGAGAAGAUACCACAACGGCCUUGUCCGAUGGUCAUCAGGUUCCUGUGGCGACGACAGACUCAUUGAACCCCUCAACAGCAGGGAUAGAAGCGUCACCACCAAAGAACAAUCUUGAGCUGCAAGACGAUCCCUUCUCGAUAGGGGAGCCGGCUACUGGUCGCUUCUUUGUAUGAUCCAGCUCUUGUGCUUCGGGGUGUCAGGCGAGGCUGUACAUGAUUCGAGGACCGGAUCGUUUUGUGAAUGAGCCACAUAUGCGCAGAGGUAGCAAGAAGGGCCAACCCCUGCAUGUUACGGAAUGACGAUUAUGAUCAUGGGUCGAUACAUAUCUGAGCUUUAGCAAAAGUAGGGCCAACAAAGGGCCUGGCCAGUCUGG